CUUUUCUUAGUCAGGGGUGGUCGGGGAAGCGAAGGCGGGGCUUGUUUCCUGGCCCCGCCUCGUUAAGGCGGCGCGCGUGACAAUGAAGUCGGGAGCAGGGACUCCACCCACCUGCUGGAGGUGAGCCGAAAGCAGCAACCGCAAUGCUACCUCUCAUCCCAUAACUACGUUGUAGCCAAUUAAGGCGGAAACUAGAAAGAUGACAUCAAAUCCUCCUGGGCAAGGGUUUCAGAAUAAAAACAGGGUUGCGAUUUUGGCAGAGCUAGAUAAGGAGAAGAGGAAGCUGCUGAUGCAAAACCAGUCUUCCACAAAUCACCCUGGAGCCAGAGUUCUGCAGCCACUCUACCAAACAUAUGAACUCCCCAUCAUGAAGACUAUGGACCCCUGCAUCUCUCUCGCCAGAUCUUCCCUUAACAAGGACUUUCGUGAUCAUGCUGAACUACAGCACAUCGCUGCACAGCAGAAGGCUGCUCUACAGCAUGCUCAUGCACAUUCCUCAGGAUACUUCAUAACCCAAGAUUCUGCCUUUGGAAACCUUAUUCUUCCUGUGUUGCCACGGCUUGAUUUAGAGUGAGGAACCAUCCUUGGGACGAAGAGCAUCUGUGUUUCGCCAGUCCUGCAGCUGCUCCCUUGCCAAACUUUGCUUCUGGUUUAUGAAAGCAAGAGGACUCAAAAAUGAACGUUGUUGUUGGGUUUUGUUCACCGUAAUGGCUUUCCAUUUUGGAUUCAGGUAGUUUGUUUUCAGCGAAUGUUAAACUUCUUAAAACAA